AUCUUAUUUAGUCGAUAACCGAAAUACAAUUUUCGUUUAUGUUUAUAGAUUACUUGUUUGCAAUACGAGUUCAAUUUAUUUAACAGUUAAUUGAUCAUUCGUUUCAACCUCAUCAUCUGAUAAUUUUUUUUAGUUUAAGACUAAUAAAUUUUUUGUCAACUUACUAUAUUAACUCAUUAUUAGUUUAAUUGUACAAUUACAAAUAUUUUGAAAUGUAUGUUCAAGUGUCGGAAAAUGAAAACAGUGAUCCCAUAGAUAUGCCCACUGAAGAUGAUAAUAGCCUAUUGUUAAGUACGUUAGAAGCUCAAUAUCCAGGAGUUAUUGGUUUGAAAUAUCGCGUUAAUAAUAGAUUACGCAUUAUAAGACUCAAUGAAGGUAAAUUGUUUCCUCCUGAAGAUGGUUGGUUAGAUCGUGUAUAUGUAUGCAAUUUUCGCAAUGCACAAACUACUACUACUACUAAACGUAAACAUAAUGAGAUUGAUGAUGAAAUCAAAGCAGAAGAUGAUGAUGGUAUUUCUGAUAUGGAUCUAGUGGUUUUGGGUUUACCGUGGAAAGUUACUGAAGAUGAUUUAAAAAAAUAUUUUUCUAAAUUUGGACUUGUUGAAUAUACUCAAAUUAAAACUGAUUCUAAUGGUAAAUCAAAAGGUUAUGGUUUUGUACGCUUUAAGCAUAAAAAAUCUCAAGUUCGUGUUAUGCUUGAAAGGCAUAAUAUAGAAGGUCGUUGGUGUGAUGUACGCAUUCCUAAUAGUAAAGAUAAACAUGUUAAUAAAGUUCCACGUAAAGUAUUUAUUGGUCAAGUGCCUGAAGAUGUUGAUGAAGAAACAUUAAAGAAGUAUUUUAUUAAAUUUGGUGAAAUAUCAGAUUUAUUUUUACCUAGACCACACCGGGGAUUUGCUUUUGUCACCUACACUGAUCCAACAUCUGCUCAAAAAGUAAUUGGUAAAGAUCAUAAAAUAGGCAAUUAUAGUGUAGUGUGCACUGAAGCUAUACCAAAAAAAGAUAUGGCUCCUAAAUGGAAUGAUUAUGAUAGCCGGGAUAGAUUCAGAGAAAGUAGAAGAGAUCGAUCACCUGUCAACUCAUAUGCUUGGUCUCAAGAUGAAAUUUGGGACUAUGAUCAAGAUAGUUAUGAUCGACCAUACAAUAGAGGAAGUAGUUCUCAUCAAUCCAAUAUUGGUAGUUAUUCAAGUGAUAAAAAUAUUAAUCCUGAUGUUGUAGCAGCAGCUGUUAAUAAAGCAGUUAUGGGGGUUAUUGGAAAUUUAAAAGUUGGACAAACUGAAAAAAAUCCUGGUUCAGAUGAAUGGUGGUUAAGGCGAUAAUUUAACUUAGUACAAAAACUGUAUUUAUGCCUUUUUAACUUUUAAAUAAUUUGAUAUUAGUUUUGAGGACCACUUUGUAGAAUAUUCUUUAAAUUUUCUAAUAUCUUAAAGAUUAUAAUUAUCAAAUUUCAAAUUCUAAAUUUAAUUUAAUUUGAUUUUAAACAAAAAGAAAAUAGCAUUUUAUAAAAAAAAAGUGACAUCUAUGUUUAUUUAAUAAUUUCUUGUAAAAUUUUUUAUAAAUGUUAACUAUGUACGUUUUAAAAACAUAAUGUUAAUAAAAAAUAAACAUCCUAAUUUGUAUAUAAAUGUAUAAAAUUGGAGCUUCAUAAUAAUAAAAUUAAAAUAUGGACAGGUAAGUUUUAUUGUCAUCGAUAUAUAUAUUUUUAUAUACACUUUAAGUAUUAACAAAAGUAAAAAUUUUUACUCUAUAUCACAUAGCCAAUAAUUUUGUCCAUAUUUGGCAAGUGUGUACCUCAAUAUUUCCAUUGACUAUCAUUUUUUUCAUGUGUUAUGUGUCUACACAAUAAAACUUCUUUUUAUACAAUA